GAUGGACAUCAGCGCGCGUGAGAGCGGCGGGGCGGGGGGGAGGCAGAAUGACCAGGCGCUAGGACCGCCGUUCGAGCGGCGCGUAAAUCCUAGCGGAGCGCGUCUCGUUCACGCGCUCACAGAAGCCGCUGCUCGGCGCUCGAGCGCAUCACCGGCGGCGGAGGCUGCACGUUCUGCCGCGGUGCGGACGGCGCCGUCCUCCGUAUGGGCUCAGCAUGCGUAGGAUACGCGCCAACGCCAUCGCGAUCCUGACGGUCGCGUGGAUCCUGGGGACGUUUUAUUACCUGUGGCAGGACAACAAGCCCCCGUCGACGCCGGCGGCGGCGUGGCAGUCCCGCGGAAGGGGCCACGGGCAGAAGGUGGGGGCCGCACCGGGGCGCCUGGAGAUCCACCCGAACGACGGGACCCUCCCUUUAAUAGUGAGUCAGCCCCCCCCACCCGAGCCGCAGGGCCAGCUGCUGGGGGGCUUCGACGAGAAGGCCUACCUGUCCGCCAAGCAGCUGAAGGCGGGGGACGACCCGUACAGGGAGCACGCCUUCAACCUGCAGGAGAGCGACCGGCUGGGCGGGGAGCGCGCCAUCCGGGACACCCGACACUACAGGUGUGCCGCACUGAGCUACGAUGCAGACCUUCCCUCCACCACCGUCAUCAUCACCUUCCACAACGAAGCCCGCUCCACCCUCCUUCGCACCGUCAAAAGCGUCCUGAUGAGAAGUCCUCCGUCCCUCAUCCAAGAAGUCCUCCUGAUCGACGACUUCAGCUCGGACCUGGAGGACUGCCAGCUGCUGGCCCAGAUCCCAAAGGUGCGCUGCCUGAGGAACAGCCGCAGAGAAGGUUUGAUCCGAUCGCGAGUGAAAGGAGCGAAUUCGGCCUCCGCCCCCAUCCUGACCUUCCUGGACAGCCACUGUGAGGUGAACACGGACUGGCUGCAGCCCAUGAUCCAGCGCGUCAAAGAGGAUCACACCCGUGUGGUCAGCCCCAUCAUCGAUGUCAUCAGUCUGGAUAACUUCGCCUACCUGGCUGCUUCAGCGGACCUAAGAGGAGGCUUCGACUGGAGUCUCCACUUUAAAUGGGAGCAGAUUCCUAUAGAGCAGAAAAUGGCGAGGAGCGACCCCACCCUCCCCAUAAGGACUCCCGUCAUCGCCGGCGGCAUCUUCGUCAUGGACAAGAGCUGGUUCAACCACCUGGGCCAGUAUGACACCCACAUGGACAUCUGGGGGGGCGAGAACUUUGAGCUCUCAUUCCGAGUCUGGAUGUGUGGAGGAAGUCUGGAGAUUCUCCCCUGCAGCCGUGUGGGUCACGUGUUCAGGAAGCGACACCCGUACGACUUCCCUGAGGGCAACGCUCUCACCUACAUUAAGAACACCCGGCGGGCCGCAGAGGUGUGGAUGGAUGAGUACAAGCAGUUCUACUACUCAGCUCGGCCGUCGGCUCAGGGAAAGGCCUUUGGCAGCAUCACUGAGCGUCUGUCCCUGCGGCGGAAACUGAACUGCAAGCCUUUCCGUUGGUACAUGGAGAACGUUUAUCCUGAGCUCAGGGUUCCGGAGCAGGCGGCUGUGGCCAGCGUCCUGAAACAAGGCGGUCUGUGUUUGGAGAACCGCAGAACCGAUGGACUCAUCCUGACGGAGUGCCGAAGCAUCGGAGUCAGCAGGCCGUCAUCGCAGAAAUGGGAGCUGGUGGAGCCGCUGAUCCGGCAGCAGGAUCUCUGCCUCGCCAUCUCCACCUUCUCUGCCGGGUCAAAGGUCAAGAUGGAGCUCUGCAAUGCCAAGGAGCCCCGACAGGUGAGAGCAGUGAAGCCCCCUGACCUUCGUCUGCCUCUGGAAGGUCAUUCCACCUCCAAUCCACAGCAGACAAACAGGAGUCGCUGUUUUUUCUAGUUUCCAGAGUCUGUCUGGAUGUUCCUCCUUGAUCCAGAACGCCUUGAAAGGCGUCUUCAUGCCGUUUCAGUGGUCCUCCAUGUGUCAGUCACAGCGAGCUGGACACUUUUCAACCUCAGUCACGCAAACCGGCAGCUUCCUGCUCUGGUGCUGUUCUGCAGAACACGGACCAGACUGACGCAGAACCGGAUCCUGCCGUCAAAGUGCUUCUUCUCAGGAGGGAGGAAGACGAAAAGAGGCUAAUUUCUGUAUACUUUGGAAAAAGGCUUUAAAGAACAAACUCUUCUGUAUCUCACAAGCUCAGAUCAGUAAAUAUUCCAGAUGUCGUUCAUACAGACAAGUAUAUAAAGACUCAGCAGAGUUUUUUAAACAGGUGAGCCUCUCUGCCCAUCCGGCCUUAGAGCAGCACGGGGGGUCAUGGAUGCAACCCCCCCUUAAGAUCUGCCCCUUUCCUUAAACACCCUGUGAGAUGCCUCCAUCCGAACCUUUUCAUCCCAAAACAUCUGAGGACAUUUUAUAGCAGCUUCACUGGAACCGUCUGAGCAGACGCAGUGCUGACGUCCGUCUGCGCAGCCGGCGGCACAAACACGUCUGCCUCAGUGGGCAGCCGGGGGCACUUUCCCUGGGAUUUUCAGAUUAACCCCUCCCUCACCUCCAAGCUUAGCGCUCAGCCCUUGUCUUUAGUUCACCUCUUAUCCCCUCAGACCGUCGGCUAAAAACGGGAACGCUCCGAGCGGAGCUGCUGGUCUGCCGACAGACACCGCGCUCUCCUCUCGUCAGACCGGCUGCAGAAACAUCUGGAGGCUGGAAUCAUCCGGUCCACCCGGGACGAAGCCAGAGAGCCUCGUGGUUUAAUGCAGAAAAGCUUAACUCACUGUGGAAACGUCUCCUUAAACCUUUUAAAAACAAGUUUAAAAGGGUUUCAAUCAAAGGUUCUCAUUUUUCUAAAUAGUAUUUUAGCACAGAAGGAAACAUUCUCAUAAGUCUGUGAUAGUUUGCACAUUUCUACUUGAGAACCAUUAAAGUAUUUUUAAC